AGUUCAGCUUGAACCGUCGACCCGUUCGGAUUGGAACGUUUUACCGCGUGCGAACACCACGUGCUGCUGUUAAGCCGAUGCAAAAAAUAAGUUAGAUAUUAGUUCGGACCGUUCGGAGGUGGUUGUUAUUUAGUUCAUCGACGUUGUGUUUGUUUACAUCUGAAACGCGUGUCAUUCUGGUGGAAUAGCGGGCAGUGUACUGUUAAAUGGAAUUUUGCCGGACAUUCCUGCAUGUCGAGGGUGACUAGGAAGAGCUUAGUGUGUAAUUUUAUCUGUUGAGGAAGAAGCGAGUGUCUUUUAAGCGGAGAUGUGCAUAACUCAUUCCAUCGAUUGAUAACGAAUGAUUGUGUGAAAAAAUUGUCAAUAAAACUGCUGUGUUGAAACCGAAGAAAUAGUGUCAAAUUUGAAAGUGACUAAACGUCCCCACAACGGUUGAAGAAAAUAACGAGCGCAAUCAACUGCAGCGUCAAGAAAUAAAUCCAGCGGGAACCUUUAUAUGGAUCAAUAAUCAAUAUUCACAAUGAAUAACAAUGAAACCAAGCCAUCCGCCAUCGACAUAGAGAAGGGACGCCUAGAAAAUGAGCCACCCAACGGCGUACAUCACAACUCCUCUGCGGCGACGACAACGACGUCAUCAACCGCGGCGUUUACCAGCGAGAGCAACCCCCGCGACGCGAGCAGUUCAAGCUCGACCAGUGUGCGGGCCAGUCACGUCUUUCUGUACGUGAUUCAGUUUGUCGGGUUCGGUUGUUCGAUCGCGGGUGUCGUCCUCGUUUGGUACUACAUGGGUUGGGAGUUCGGAUUGCCGGCGGUCCUGAUCGCCCUGCUGGCGGUGCUAAUUGCCAGCGGGAAGUGGCGCUGGUUUUACAUCGCUGCCGUGACGGUCCCUCGGGAUGUGAAAGCUCUAACACGCUACAUCAAGUUGUUGAUUCUGGUGAAAAAAUACAACCGACAGAAUGCGACAAUCGCAGACAUCUUUGCUGGAUACGUCGCUAAGCAGCCGGAGAAAGCUUGCUUCGUCUUCGAAGGUCGCGAGUGGACUUUCAGAGAGGUCAGUGACUACUCGAACCGUGUGGCGAAUGUGUUCCACACGCAUGGCUACAAACGGGGAGACGUGGUUGGCCUUCUGCUGGAGAACCGGCCCGAAUUCGUGGCAACGUGGCUUGGUCUAUCCAAGCUUGGUAUCGUCAUUCCGCUGAUCAACCAUAAUCUGAGGAAGAAUGCCCUCCUGCACAGCAUUACCGUUGCUAAGUGUAGUGCGCUGGUGUUUGGAGAAUCGCUCCGCGAAGCGAUAUCGGAGAUCUCUGAUCAACUUCCGUCAACGCUGGCACUGUACCAGCUGAACGAUGCUGUCCAACAAACAGUAAUUCAAAACGCCAAAGACUUAGCGACAUUGUUGCAAAAUGCUUCGAAGGAACAACCAACAGCGAACGUCAAUAGACCUGACCAUCACGACCAACUGUUGUAUAUCUACACUUCGGGAACUACCGGACUGCCGAAGGCGGCCGUUAUCACACAUUCCAGGUUCGUAUUUAUUACGGCAGCCAUUCAUAUGGUAGCAGGUUUCCGACAUGAUGACAUCUUCUACACCCCAUUGCCGCUGUACCACACUGCCGGUGGUAUGAUGAGCGUUGGACAAGCCCUGCUGUUCGGAGCAACUGUUGUUAUACGAAAGAAAUUCUCUGCCUCUCAGUACUUUUCCGAUUGUCAGAAAUACAACUGCACGAUUGGUCAGUACAUCGGAGAAAUGUGUCGAUACAUCUUGGCAACUCCGGCUUCCGCAACCGAUAAGGCACACAAGGUUCGACUGAUCUUCGGUAAUGGCUUGCGUCCGCAGAUUUGGCCUCAAUUUGUCGGACGGUUCAACAUUCCACGGGUUGCCGAGUUCUAUGGAGCUACCGAAGGCAAUGCAAAUAUUGUUAACAUCGACAACACGGUGGGCGCCAUUGGAUUCGUAUCCCGAAUCAUUCCACAGGUGUAUCCCAUUUCGAUUAUCAGGGCGGACCCAGCUACAGGUGAUCCUAUCCGCGGUAAAAAUGGUUUAUGUCAGUUAUGCGAACCAAACGAGCCGGGAGUGUUCAUCGGUAAGAUUCUUCCCAAUAACCCAAGCCGGGCGUUCCUCGGGUACGUCGACAAGAAAGCUUCCGAGAAGAAGAUUGUUCGGGACAUAUUUAAAAAGGGCGAUGCCGCUUUCUUGUCGGGUGAUCUGCUUGUUGCUGAUGCGCGAGGCAAUCUUUUCUUCAAGGACCGAACCGGUGACACUUUCCGGUGGAAAGGAGAGAACGUUUCAACCAGCGAAGUUGAAGCUGAAGUCAGUAAUGCUUCCGGUUAUCGGGAUACCGUGGUAUACGGGGUGGAAAUCCCCAACAUGGAAGGGCGUGCAGGAAUGGCAGCUGUCUUGGAUCCGGAACGUCAAGUUGAUCUUGCAAAGCUGGCCCAGACAUUGAAAGAAACGCUUCCAUCCUAUGCGAGACCAAUGUUCGUGCGUCUUCUAACGAAGGUCGAUAUGACGGGAACCUUCAAGCUGAAAAAGCUCGAUCUACAGAAAGAAGGAUUCGACCCCAACGUGAUCGAGGAUGCACUUUUCUAUCUGUCGACGAAAGGAACGUACGAAAGCCUCACUAAGGAAGUCUUUGAACAGAUAAGCCGUGGCGAAAUUAGAUUUUAAGCUCUGACUGAGCCAACAGUUCCGGUUCUAGCAAACUCCAUCCUAUUCCGUGGCCGAUUCAUGAUGCUCAAUAGAUGCGCUUCCUUCUUCCUGUUCAUUCCGUCUAUAGUUUUGCAUGAUCCAACGAUUCCAUUAGUUUAUUCCUCCUGUAUCCGAUUAUAAGUAACUGUGAUAUCGCGUGAAAACGGAUGGAUCUAACUGGACAAAACGGUUGCGAACGCGAAGACUUUCCAGAAAUACUAACUCUGUCAGAUUCAAUGGCGCCAAUGAUAUUUUUUUUUAUCAAUAAUGUACGAGUAAUGAAUUGUCAGAUUAUAAUUUUCACUUUUUAUACACAAAUGUUCGACGGAGGAGAUCCCGAAGGCACGAGAGGCCACACGUUGUUACUAAUUUGCUAUAUGUUCGUGGCAGACAAUUAGUUUACAUUAGGAUUGCUUUCCUGUACUUAUACGUAUUUUUAGUAAGGCAACUGUUUGCAUUUAAGCAGAACAAAAGAGUAUAGAAGAACGAUGAACGAUAGAUAAAUGUUGUCUUAUAGAUAUGAUGUGGAAUAAAGUGGUUAUGUAUUUUGUAGCA